UCUUAACCAAUUGUCAGCGAAAGUUGGCUGAGAUUACAGAUAUGGUUCACGUGUCGCAGGUCUUACACCGAGGGGUUGUCGAUCUGUCCAUUAGUUCCAGCGCUGAUGAUGGCAUCGAUGCUAAACUUCGAGAAGACUUGCAUUUAGGGAACACUAUAUCCGUACUGAUUGGCGAUUUCCUAUUAGCCCAGAGCUCCAGAGGAUUGGCUCUCAUUCGCAAUCCAUCCAUAACUGGUUUUAUAGCCAAAGCCAUUGGACACUACUCUGAGGCAGAGUUCUUGAGAUCAGAUCUCUUGAAAAGUAAGAAUAGUAUGGAUUCGUUGGAGAAGUACUGCUUUUUAAGCGGCGGUUCACUACUCGCCCACAGCUGUCAGUCGGCCAUACAUUUAGCACAAUAUGACCAACAGAUCCAAACUGAGGCCUUCGACAUCGGCAAACACAUUGGGAUUGCGUUUCAGCUGUCAGACCUGUUAUACCGUUCCCUAAACAGUGAUAAUAAAAGCAAUAGUUUUGAUGACAUUAAUGGCGUUACUUUUGACACGACUUCUAUGAAAAAUUUGUUGUCCGCGAGUGUCGGGAAAGCCGUCAAUUUGAUCGACAGUUUGGACAAAUCGGAGGCCAGGGAUGCCCUCAAAGACAUUGUGUUGAAUAUAGUGAACGUACAAAAUGUUAAUGCAUUUCAUUAGCGUUUUGCGAAUAAAGUGCCGGUUUUUAGUUAAAUAUUAAGUAUUAUUCAUUGAAUAAUUAGUAAUUUUUGAGA